AUGAGAAUGCUCAAACGAAAUACACUUCUCAUAUCGUGUGAACAAUGUUGCUGCAUACUUGCAUCGCUAUUCCCUAAGGUGUUCUUCUCUGGGAUAAUUACAUGGUCAUUGUUUGUCAUGUUGCUUAUAGUUCCCAAAUACACUGAAUACCACACCGCAUUUUACAUACAAUCCAGCAUCAUCAUCCUACUAUACAUUCUCAGCAUGGUUGCAUAUUUCAGAACCAUAAAUACUGGCCCUGGAUCACCCUUGGAUUACCCACAGUUGAAAAUAGCCAAUUAUUCUGAAAAUCCAUUUAAUGAUCCUAAUGGGACUGGUCCUCAACCCGAUCAAGAACCACCGGAGUUCAUGACUGUACACACUUUGAAGCUUGGUGGGAAUCAAGGGUUCCGAUAUUGCAGUAAAUGCAACUGCUGGAAACCUGACAGGACUCAUCAUUGUUCGAAAUCGGGGAAAUGCAUUUUGAAAAUGGAUCAUUAUUGUCCUUGGUUUUCCAUAUGUAUUGGAUUUUUCAACUACAAGUUCUUUGUUCAGUUCUUAUGUUAUACGUCUGUGUAUUGCUGGGUUUUGUGUGGAGUCACAUUCAAGAUCUUGUAUGAUAUUUUCGCUACUGACAAGUAUCAAGAAGAAUACAUCUCCAUUAACUUGAUUCUUUUAUGUGUAUUGUCAUUGACUUUUGGCAUUUCAUUGAGCUUAUUCUCCUUAUUUUCGCUAUACAUGGUUAGCAAGAACACAACGACGAUUGAGUUUCAAGAACAAAGAUGGAAUUAUCGUGGCGUUGAUCGAUACAAUUACGAAUUUGAUGCCAAUGGGAAACAAAAGAAACUAUCCAAUAUCUUUGAUCUUGGAAGAAGCCAAAAUUUUAAAGAAGUGUUUGGCGAUGGGUGGUUAUCGUGGCUACUACCGAUAUCCGUGACUGAGAGGAUUGCCAAUUCGGGAUUCAAAAAUGGAAUAAAUUUCCCGAUCAAUGAGGAGGUUUAUAAAAAAUGGUGCAAUAACGCGGAAUUGCAGAGUCAACUAAAUGAGCAAUUACUGAAUUUCAAAGAUAGAGUAAGGAGAGAAAGAGAAAGUUAUGUAGAGGUAUAG